AUGAAUGAGGAGGCAACAAUAAAUUUUCUUUCUUUUUUUUUUUUUCUUCUUUACUUUCUCUCUCUCUCUCUCUCUGUGUGUGUGUGUUGUGUGUGUAGAAAAUUUUUUCUGUUGUUGUUGUUGUUGUUGUGGUUUUCUCUAAUUCUGGUUUUGGUUCAUGGGUGGUGCUACUACGAUUUUAGGUCCUCAUCGCCGGGGUUUUUUCUUUUUCGUUCAAGACUCGCCCUCAACCCACUACUCACCCCCACCUUACGCUAUUACCACCACCACCAUCACCACCACCAGUAUAAUUUGCUCGCACCAUACAUAAUAAUAGUUAAUAUUAAUCAUUUCUUCUUUUAG